CCCAGCAGUGACGUCAUUUCCUGGAAGGGGCGGUCGGAGUUGGCCAUUCUCUUUAGUGUUUGCCCUGUCUACCUUUUCCUUGCCACCUCCAACAAUAUUUUAAUUCAAAAUUAGUAGCAGAACCCCCGAACGGGAGAGAUACAAACAUAAAUUCAAAAAAGUAACCCAUGGAGUAACACAACUGGCCAGAAUCAUUUCGAGGCAGAGCUUCACUCAGACUUUCCCACUCUCGCUUUUACUCUCUGGCACACUAUUUUGCAGUCUGACACAUACCUGCACUACUUUGUGGCCUUUUUCUGCUGCUGUGCUGCUAAGCUCUUGCCUCGACGACUCCUCAAACAGCAGACCAGACCCCUCUACAAACAGCCAGUAUGUCACAGGUUCAAUUCCAGUCUCCCGGCAACCCACUGACCAGCUCUGUCCCCAUGGCAAUUGCGCCGCCCCAGCCUGGCUUCAGCAUUCCAUGUGCUGCAGCUCCAACGCUUCCCUCCGAGAGUGCCAGUCACCCACUGCGGAGCUCUGCCCUGCCCUCCGCCUCUGUCACACCCUACAGCAACCCUACAGAUUCUAACAUGGCAAACCCUAAAGAGAAGACCCCCAUGUGUCUGGUGAAUGAGUUGGCCCGCUACAACAAAAUUCAGCCCGAGUACAAGCUGCUAAGUGAGCGGGGACCAGCGCACUGUAAGAUAUUCUCUGUGCGCUUGACACUGGGAGACCAACACUGGGAUGCGGAGGGGACCAGUAUAAAGAAGGCCCAGCAUCUAGCAGCUUCCUGUGCUCUGAGCCAGUCCAGCCUACCCAAGCCCACCCUGCGUUCCCCCCGACACCCAGGCAAGAACUCAGACAGCCUCACACACACCGUGGAACUGAACGCACUGUGUAUGAAGCUGGGGAAGAAGCCCGCCUACAAGCCUAUAGACCCCUACCCUGCCAUGCGACCCAGCUUCAACUAUAGCAUCAGGCCCCCAGGGCCCUACGCUCGCUCCAUGCAACAAUACUACUAUCCAUUCCCCCCGGUGGGGCCUGUGGUGUACAGCAUGGAGCUGUCCAUCGGGGGGCAGCAGUUCUACGGCAAGGGCCGCACACGGCAGGCUGCCAAGCACGACGCUGCUGCCAAGGCCCUGAAGAGCCUGCACAAGGAGCCAAUGCUACAGCAGCUACCUGAGAUGGAUGACGAGCCUGUAGAAGAAAACCUCAAUAAAUCUGAGAUAAGCCAGGUGUUUGAAAUCGCCCUCAAGCGGAACAUGCAAGUGAACUUUGAGGUACAAAAGGAGGUGGGCCCUCCGCACAUGAAGAGCUUUGUGGUGCGGGUCGCUGUGGGGGAGUUCGCCGGGGAGGGGGAGGGCAAGAGUAAGAAGAUCGCCAAAAAGCUGGCGGCCACGGCGGUGCUGGAAGAGCUCCGUUGCCUACCCCAACUACCCAGCACUGAGAAGACGCCUCCCCGCAUCAAGAAGAAAGCCAAGUCCAUUGUAAAGCUGCAGACCAGCCCAGAGUACGGGCAGGGCAUGAACCCCAUCAGCCGCCUGGCUCAGAUCCAGCAGGCCAAGAAGGAGAAGGAACCCGAGUACAUCCUGGUCACUGAGAGGGGUCUACCCCGACGCCGGGAGUUUAUCAUGAAGGUGACUGUCAGUGGGCAAAAUGCAGAGGGUAUGGGUCCUAGUAAGAAGGUGGCCAAGCGGAACGCUGCUGAGAAGAUGCUGGAGCUCCUGGGGUUCAAAGUGCCUGAACCACAGCCUCCUAAACCUGCCCUCAAGACCGAAGAAAAGCCUCCCCUGAAGAAGCCAGGAGACGGCCGCAAAGUGACCUUCUUCGAGCCCGGCUCGACAGAUGAGGGAGGCAUGGUCCCAAAGGAAGAAGAUUAUCGGCUGCCUUUCCUCAACCACCCUCAGCUCCCAGCGGGCAUCUUGCCGAUGGUGGCCGAGGUGGCCCAGGCGGUUGGGGCCAGCCAGGGGACCCAUAUGCAGGACUACGGGCGGCAGAUAGUGACCAACCCUGCCAAGGCCUCUCUGACAGCCCUGAUCGCCAAAGAGCUGCUGUACGCGGGCACCUCUCUUGCUGCUGAGAGUGUGCUAGAGGGCAGCAACAGUCUAGGUCUGAUUCCCCACGGCCCGCUCACGCGUCCCUCCGAACAGCUUGGCUACCUGGCCUCCGUACAGGGCCUACAGGUAGAAUACAAGGACUUCCCUAAGAACAACAAGAAUGAGUUUGUCUCCCUCAUCAACUGCUCCUCCCAACCCCCACUCAUCAGCCACGGCAUCGGCAAAGACGUGGAGUCCUGUCAUGAUAUGGCUGCUCUGAACAUCCUUAAGCUACUCUCAGAACUGGACCAGCAGGUGACGGAACGAACGGGAAAUGGACCAAUCUCGGGGUGUGCCAAACAGGACCUGGAGAUGGACACGCUGCUCCAGGCGAACAACUCCAGCCCCAUGGUCCAGACUCUCGACGGCGCGGUAUAGACAUGGUCAUCCACACCCCGAGCACUGGAGCAAACCCAGACACUGCGUGCCAGUCAGCCCGAUGGCUAGAGAGGGUCUAACCAGGCGUGUCACUAGUGUCUUGAACUCCUGGAGCACCUGAGGUGUUCACAGAGAAAUGUGACCCUGUCUCAGCGAUCGAUGGUUGAUGGUUCUAUUUAUUUGCAAGUAAAAGGAAAAAGAAAUACCAAGCAAAAAGCCCAGCUUGGCCAAGCUUCAUCAUGUUGAGAGAUGGUGAACAGUUUUUUUUUGUUUAAAUGGAAUCAAAAUGGUGGAAUGGUUCCUAAAUAUAGAGAUUAUUUUAGUUUGUUUAGUUCAUUUUGUCAUUUGUUUACUUCACCUUGUGUUACUACUUUACCAGAUCACUACAUAAUGUAUCGGUUUUGUGAAGACUGAAAUUUAAGACGCCCGUAGAGUUAGGUGUCUAAAUCCUAUGGACACACCAUCGUAGGACAUGAUGAAGCUUGCCUACACAUCACUUUAAGUUUUGGACUUUCUCCAGUGCUCGAGGUUGCCAGAAUAAAGUCCCACAAUGUUAAUAAUCCUCAUUGCCAUGUACUGUAGGUCUGAAAAGGGGUCUCCAUUUUUCUUCCGCGGUUUCCCCAUCACACACUCUGUCUCUCUCUCUGGUCAUUAUUUCUUUACGCUUUUCUUUUCUAUUCUCUCUCUCUACCUCUCUCUUUCUCUUUCUUUCUCUCUCUCUCUCCCCUUUUUCACUUGUUUCUUUCCAUCUCUCUAAACUGUUAUUCUUUUUAGUCCAUCUACAAUUCUCUCUCUCUCUCUCCCUUCCACACAUCCAUCCAACACAUUGAUGUGGGAGUGGGAUGGGAUAUUGUGAAUUUCAAUGUAGCGUGUGUGGUGACGUCCUGUGAUGUCGUCCCCCUUUUUGUGUUACGUGUGCGCGUGGAUAUAAUUGUGAGUAAGUAUGGUUGUUUGUGUGGGUGUGUUUGUUGUGUGUGUGUGUGUGUGCGUGUGGAUAUAAUUGUGAGUAAGUAUGGUUGUUUGUGUGGGUGUGUAUGUGUGGGUGUGUGUGUGUGUGUGUGUGUCUGCCUGCAGUGGUCAUCAGUCAAGUGACCCAACUCCCAUCUCCCUCAAUGUAAGAACUGAGUGUGCUUCUGGAUGCCUCACUCCUCAUUAAAAUGGUGUCAAUGUGGCACAGAAUCAUUCAG